AAAACUUAAGAACUGUACAGUUAAUUCUCCCAACUAAUACGCCUAAUUAAUGUCCGUGAACUCUAUUAUCUGGUGAGUGAACAGAUUUUCUCCCGAGUUUUCAGUCGAUUCGCAUAACACUUUCAGCGCUAGUUUCGACUUGGCAGCCUUUCAAAACAAACUUGUGGUUUAUUUAGCGGCACUUUUGCUACUGUUUUGUUUUCUUUUCAAUUACACAUGUUUCUGAGUUUAACGUUAAACCUGAUCCUCAGCGCCGCGGUUUUACUGUGGUACUUCAUUUACCGCUACCAAAAGAAAUACGACUAUUGGCGUGAUCUCGGCGUACCAUUUGUUGGUAAAUCGGGGGACAUAAUUUACGAGACUCGUAAACACAAGAGUUUUGCGAUUCAGGACCGUUACAAUGAGUUGGCGCCGUACCCUUAUGGGGGGAUUUUUCAGGCUGCCAAGCCGUACUUAUUGGUGCGGGACCCAGGGUUGAUCCAAAGAAUCCUCGUCAGGGAUUUUUCCCAUUUCACGGAUCGUGGCAUAGCCUUUCACGAGGAAAUCGACCCUCUCAAUGCUAAUCUCUUCAAUUUGGGUGGUCAACGAUGGAAGAAAAUUCGAUCGAAAUUGGUUCCGAUCUUCAGCACUGGAAAGCUGAGGUCAAUGUUCUCGAAAACGGAGCAGUGUGUUCUAGCUCUCAACAGGUAUUUAUCUGAAAAGCUUGUGAAUUCGUCCGAGUUUGAAGUGCGAGAACUGAUGCAGAAAUUAACGACCCAAGUGAUCGGAACAUGCGUUUUUGGAUUCAACGUCGAUUCCAUUUCUGACGAGGAUACCGAGUUUCGGAAAUUGGAGCGGCCGCUGACUCCAGGUCCGCUAAAAUUUCGCCUUCGCCAAAUUCUCCGCUCGAUCCACCCGAGGAUGCUGGUCUGGCUUCGGUGGAAGGGGUUCAACAAGGAGGUUGAGGAUUUUGUCAUGAAUGUCACGAGAGAAGCCGUUAAAAACAGGGAGGUCAACCAAAAUAAGCGGGAUGAUCUCAUACAACUCAUGGCCAAUUUGCAGCAUGAGGAACGCCGGGAACUUCAGGAUCAGACCACCGAGACCUUUGCUGAUCCUCUUUUCACUGAUCACAUACUGGCGGCACAAUUAUUCAUUUUUUUCCUGGCUGGGUACGACACAACAGCUACGACACUGGCCAACUGCUUGUACGAGCUAGCUCUGAAUCCGGGAAUAAUGGACAGACUACGUGCUGAGGUCCAGACGAUUUGCGACGCCAAUUGCGGAAAACUUGACUAUGAUGCCCUCAGUAGAAUGCCUUACAUGGAUUGCAUCAUUAAUGAGACGUUAAGAAAGUAUCCACCGGUCGGAUGGCUUGACAGAUUGUGUGUCAAGAACUACACUUUACCGGAUGCGUCGUUACAAAUUAAGGAGAAUUUAAAUAUUUUGAUUCCGGUUUAUGCUUUGCAUCACGAUCCUCAAUUCUUCCCAGAACCGCAUAAAUUUGAUCCAGAAAGAUUCAACAAGGAAAAUAGAUCGAACAUCAUUCCAGGGACAUUUCUUCCGUUUGGCGAUGGCCCGAGAAUUUGUAUAGGAAAUAGGUUUGCGCUGAUGGAGAUACGAGCCGCAUUAGCUUUUUUUGCGAAUAACUUCUCGCUGCACCCGACGUCGAGAACCGAAGUACCUCUGAGUAUUAAUAAGAAUUCAAUUCUCUCUCUCCCGGCAAGGGGUGUCCAUCUAAAAAUUAAAAAGCGAAAGAUGGAAUAAUUCUGAGAAUACACUAUUUGCUAACUCAGCCUGUAUCCUCUCGUUUGUAAAACAAUAACAAACCUCUAAAUUUGAAUACAUUCUGCGCUACAGGAAAGCAGGAAGUCUCUGAAAUCUCUGUGUGCUUUGCUCACAAUAGAGCCGGUAAAGUUAAAGCGCCUUCAUCUUUCGGAUAUGCAACAUGGACGCGAAUAGUUGCAUCAAGGCGUUGACAUGAACAUAUCGCGACCGCCCGUCCGUCUAAUAUGCGGCUAACAAAAAGUUAGAAAAUCAGAGCCCCUUCAUUUUUAGGACACGCCACACGGACACCUCACGAGCACGAUAGUCGUAUCACGGCGUUGACUCGAACGUGAUCUUUCUCAAAACAUUAAAUAUCUGAAGGCGAGAAAUUGGUAAACAAUGAAGGUUCCAAAUAAUAUUCAUGUAACUGCAAAUAUCUUUCUAAAGUUGUUUUGCAUCAAAUUUUGAACAUACAUAUUCAAAAACCUCCAGCAAAACAAUUAUUUUUACACAUGAUAACAUCAUGCUUUAUCAUAGUAAAGUUCUACUUCAAAUCUAGUUUUACCAAAUAAGUCGAUGCCUCCUAUUAUUUUUAUAAAUUUUUACAUGAAAAAAUUUGUAACACGGUCUUAAUUAAAGUUGUGUGAGAUUAUGUUUUAUGAUCUAGGGAGAAUACCCAGACAUUUUAAAGGUAUCUUCCCUUAAUUAGUUGUCCAGUGACAAAAUAAAACAUGAGAGAAAAUCUGGCAACGUGAAAUUUCGUCUGGCUGAUUCUUGUUAAAUCCAUCAGAUAAGCCUGUCUGAUAGUGUUUUUUUUCAUCGGUGUUUUCUUUUCAUUUGUCUGAUAAUAAAUACUCAUACCGUUUCAA